GCUCGGUGCCCGCUGAGCUUACGCCAUCUUCGCUCCCCGGCUCCGGGCUGCGCUGCCGCCUCUGCCGCCGCCAUGAACAUCUUCCGCCUCACCGGGGACUUGUCCCACCUGGCGGCCAUCAUCAUCCUGCUGCUCAAGAUCUGGAAGAGCCGCUCCUGCGCGGGUAUUUCUGGGAAAAGCCAGCUUCUGUUUGCACUGGUCUUCACUACCCGUUAUCUGGACCUCUUCACUUCAUUCAUUUCAUUGUAUAACACAUCUAUGAAGCUUAUCUACAUUGCUUGCUCGUAUGCCACUGUGUACCUGAUCUACAUGAAAUUUAAGGCCACCUAUGAUGGAAACCAUGAUACGUUCAGAGUGGAGUUUCUGAUAGUUCCUGUUGGUGGACUCUCGUUUCUUGUCAAUCAUGACUUCUCUCCUCUGGAGAUACUGUGGACCUUCUCCAUCUAUCUUGAAUCGGUUGCUAUUCUCCCUCAACUUUUUAUGAUCAGCAAAACUGGGGAAGCAGAGACCAUCACUACUCACUAUCUUUUCUUCUUGGGUCUGUACCGUGCCUUGUACUUAGUCAACUGGAUUUGGCGCUACUAUUUUGAGGGAUUUUUUGACCUCAUAGCUGUUGUUGCUGGUGUGGUCCAGACCGUUCUUUACUGUGACUUCUUCUAUUUGUAUGUUACAAAAGUACUCAAGGGAAAGAAGCUCAGUUUGCCAGCGUAAGUGCCAAAAAAAACGUCGCCAGCAUCUGUCCUUUUGGAUGCUUGGACA